AUGCAGCUACACGCCGCUCCAUACGACCACUACGAUGACAGCAGCGACGACACUGCGUUUCCUGUAUCUAACGCUGUUUUCCGUCUUUCUCGGUCUGGUGGAGCUUUCGAGACCGGAGGCCCAGUCAUCUCUCGCGUCUCCCGUGUCAAGACAGCGACUGCCUACAUCGACCGAUUCAGUCGCUGCGAUGCCCGUGUCUCAGUGCCAGUCAACACCCUUAUUGCCGUCAUUGCCGGCACUGUUGGCGGCAUCCUCCUCCUUAUUUUCGUCAUUGCUGUCGUUCAAGCUUUCCUACGCCGAAGACAUAUCAUCUACGACGAAACCCACAGUGCCGGCGGUGUUGGCAGCACUCUCGAGAAGGGAAGUCCUCCUGGCGGACAGGAACAACACCACGCGAAGAAAAGCAAUGUCGGCAGCAUCGGCAUCACCCACCCCUCACCGAGUGCCCACUCGGAGCUCGGCAUAUCUCAGCAAUACCAGGCGGCAAACUUCAUGUCCGAUCCCGAUUUCCCCACCUGGCCUGCCGCGCACGACACGCAUCCAGGACAUGUCGUUGCGGAGCUUCCCGCCGAGUCCUACGCCGAACACUCGCAACACGGUUAUCGUGGAUGA